GAGCCUGGCCGAGAGGACCCGAGUGGGGCCGAGGCCCACGCUGCCCGCUCCAGAGCAGAGGCGGGCAGACGCGCCCCACCCUACACCAGGCGGAGCCCGGGAUGCUGGCCCGGGCCGCGCCGCCCCGCCCGGGCCCCGGGCCACCUCCGGCCUGGCUCUUCCCUCCGCCGCUGCUGCUGCUGCUGGCGAUGCUGAGCAGCCCGGCGUGCGGCCGCGUACCCCGCUCGGUGCCCAGAACCUCGCUUCCCAUCUCCGAGGCUGACUCCUACCUUACCCGGUUUGCUGCCCCUCAUACGUACAAUUACUCUGUUCUCCUUGUGGAUCCUGUUUCCCAAACACUUUAUGUCGGUGCCCGGGACAGAAUCUUCGCUUUAACCCUGCCCUUCUCAGGGGAAAGACCCCGCAGGAUCGACUGGAUUGUGCCCGAGGCUCACAGACAGAACUGUAGGAAGAAAGGCAAGAAAGAGGAUGAAUGUCACAAUUUUAUCCAGAUUCUCGCCAUUGCCAAUGCCUCUCACCUCCUCACUUGUGGCACCUUCGCUUUUGAUCCGAAGUGCGGGGUUAUUGAUGUGUCCAGUUUCCAGCAGGUUGAAAGACUUGAGAGUGGACGGGGAAAAUGUCCUUUUGAGCCAGCUCAGCGGUCAGCAGCUGUAAUGGCUGGAGGGGUCCUCUACACUGCCACCGUGAAAAACUACCUGGGCACGGAGCCAAUUAUCUCCCGGGCUGUGGGUCGCACUGAGGACUGGAUUCGCACAGAGACUUUGUCAUCCUGGCUUAAUGCCCCAGCCUUUGUCGCCGCCAUGGUCUUGAGCCCAGCUCAGUGGGGGGAUGAAGAUGGAGAUGAUGAAAUCUACUUCUUCUUUACGGAGACUUCCCGAGUGUUGGACUCCUAUGAGCGCAUCAAGGUCCCACGGGUAGCCCGUGUCUGUGCGGGGGACCUUGGGGGCCGGAAGACCCUCCAGCAGAGGUGGACAACAUUUCUAAAGGCUGACCUACUGUGUCCAGGACCUGAGCAUGGCCGGGCCUCUGGUGUCCUGCAGGAUAUGACCGAGCUUCGACCUCAGCCUGGAGUGGGGACCCCCAUUUUUUAUGGCAUCUUUUCCUCCCAGUGGGAAGGAGCUGCCAUUUCUGCUGUGUGUGCCUUCCGACCACAGGAUAUUCGAACAGUGCUGAAUGGGCCCUUUAGAGAGCUAAAACAUGACUGCAACAGGGGACUGCCUGUCAUGGACAAUGAGGUUCCCCAGCCCAGACCUGGAGAGUGCAUCACCAACAACAUGAAGCUCCAACAGUUUGGGUCCUCACUCUCCCUGCCUGACCGUGUGCUCACCUUCAUCCGAGACCACCCACUCAUGGACGAGCCAGUUUUUCCAGCUGAUGGCCAUGCCCUGCUGGUCACUAUGGGUACAGCCUAUCUCAGAGUUGUGGCCCGCAGGGUAACAAGCCUCUCAGGGAAAGACUAUGAUGUGCUGUACCUGGGGACAGAGGAUGGACACCUCCACAGAGCAGUGCGCAUCGGAGCCCAACUCAGUGUCCUUGAGGAUCUGGCCCUGUUCCCAGAGCCACAGCCUGUUGAAAGCAUGAAAUUAUAUGAUAGUUGGCUCCUGGUGGGCUCCCAUACUGAGGUGACACAAGUGAACACCAGCAACUGUGGCCGUCUCCAGAGCUGCUCAGAGUGCAUCCUGGCCCAGGACCCUGUCUGUGCUUGGAGCUUCCGGCUAGAUGCUUGUGUGGCCCAUGCAGGGGAGCACCGAGGGCUGGUUCAAGACAUAGAGUUGGCGGAUGUCUCUUCUUUGUGUCCCAAAGAACCUGGAGAACAUCCAGUAGUGUUUGAAGUUCCGGUGGCCACUGCAGGGCAUGUGGUCCUGCCGUGUUCCCCCAGCUCUGCAUGGGCAUCCUGUGUGUGGCACCAGCCCAGUGGAGUGACUGCACUCACCCCCCGUCGGGAUGGGCUAGAGGUGGUGGUGACCCCAGGGGCCAUGGGUGCUUAUGCUUGUGAGUGUCAGGAGGGUGGGGCAGCCCGUGUGGUGGCAGCUUACAGCUUGGUGUGGGGCAGCCAGCAGGACCCCUCAAACCGGGCCCGCACAGUGGUAGGGGCUGGACUGGUUGGCUUUUUCCUGGGGGUUCUUGCAGCAUCCCUCACUCUCCUCCUGAUUGGUCGGCGCCAGCAGAGACUGCGACAGAGGGAACUUCUGGCUAGAGACAAGGUGGGCUUAGACCUGGGGGCCCCACCAUCUGGGACCACAAGCUAUAGCCAGGACCCUCCCUCCCCUUCUCCUGAAGAUGAACGGCUACCCCUGGCCCUGGCCAAGAGGAGUAGUGGCUUUGGUGGCUUCCCUCCACCUUUCCUGCUGGAUCCUUGCCCCAGCCCAGCCCACAUCCGGCUCACUGGGGCACCUCUAGCCACAUGUGAUGAGACAUCAAUCUAGAGCCAGGUCAAUGACUGCUAGCCCAUGAGUAGUCACUAGGACUAUUGCCCACCAAGACCAGCAUCAUUGGGCCUGGAAGAUGAGAUCAGCGCUGUUUGGUUCUCUUGGAGUCUGAGUGAUCACCAGGACUUCACUGUAUACUGUCUCUGGUCCUAGAUGGGUUUAGGGCCAGACCUUUGAUGAUUCCUGAUUCUCGUGAGAGAUCAGAAACUGUUUGCUCUCUUAAGUGAAUGAUGGUUCCCCUCCCCCCCUGAGCUCCUGUGACCUUCCACCCUGGCAUCCUAUUUUGGGCCCAUGGGUUUGUGGGAUGGAGCAAGGACAUAGCUCUAACUUUGCUUUUGCUGGGGGCCCUGGUCCAGGAAGAGCCACAGAGGUAGUAGGGGCUAGUGUGCACUGAGGCUUUGGGGUGGUUGUACUGAUUUUCCAGUUUAGGGGACCCUGGGGAAUGCAUGAUCCCCAAGCUGCCCUGAGACCUCUCUAGACACUUGUGUGUCUAGAAGACUUAGCCACAAGUACAUGAAUGACAGAGCUGGUACCUAGGUGCUUUGGGGAGAUAGGGAGGGGAAGGUUGGAAUGGGGCAUUGCCUACAGAACUUUACACUGGCUAGCCAGUGAGGGGAACCACACUGCCCCUCCAUCAUCCCACAGUGCUUCUCUAAAUUUGAGUAAAGUUCCCAAAGUGACCUUCUGGGUGGGAAGGGCAGUGAGACAUGUGACCCCCCCCCCUUCUCCUUGUUGUUACCCUCUGGCUGCUACCACUGCCAUGCCACAGCUGUGCUUUCCCUGGCUAAGUGAAGGCUGAGCCCCCUUUGCUUGGCUACCAUUAAAAACGAACUUCACAACACUCUGAAUAUUGGGGGAUGACAAGAGGAGCCCAGUCAUAGGAAAUACAAGCAGGUUAAAGAUAGGUUUGCCUCAGUGUUUCCUCAGGGUGACACCCUUGCCCAAAAGCAGGAGCCUCCGAGCUGGGGCCCAUGAACUCCCAGAAACUGUAUACAAAAUUCUGUACAUUUGUGUCUGUGUUUUGGAAUGAGGGAAUUAUGGCUUUCAACCAGUUGCUCAAGGCCUUAAUGAAGUUAAAGGACCACUGCCCGAAGUUGCUGCUCUUGGGUCCAAGGGAGGUGGUUCCAUUCCUCCUGCCCCAGCCCUAUUGAUGUGGCCAGUCCCUGGACUUGUAGCUGCUGGAGGCCCUCUGUUUCUCCAGUCUGUGGAAGCUGGGCCCUGUGUGUGUUUGAAGACACUGUCGGCUCUUUUCCUGCUUCACAAUUCACAUGUGCUCUCUGCUUCUGCUCAGUCCUGGUCUUGGCCUGUGAAUGUGCCUGGUUCAUCCCUGGUCAGGGACCCCCUCAAGCUCUAGUGAAUGAUGCACCCCUUUCCAGUUGAAGUUUUCUGCUCUACUUUCCUUGGCAGCAACCUGUGAACUACUCAAGAGUCCCCUUGGGUUUGGAAUUAUCAGUGGCUUUGCCACUAGUGUAGGAUCUUCGACAUGUAGUCUAACCUAGGGAUAUUGGUUUAUUCAUCUGUAAAGUGGGGAUAAUACCUACCUCAGGGUUGCUGCAAGGAUUAAAUGAGGAAACCUGUAAACAAUAAAGCAUUAUCUAUACCAGUA